CAAUAUGUUCAUUACGGUUAGCUGUUACAGUUCUGGUUGGACCAAUUUUUGUCGUGAGACAGGAAUUGCAGCUAGCAAUCAGAAAAUCAAACAAUGAUGACUGCAUCGACAGGGACUAGUGUUUGUAGGUCUAAGAACCAUGGGAAAGAAACUUCCAAGCUGGAAAAUCUCCGAUCGAAUUCCAAUGCUACCCCGUAUUUCUUUACGUCAUCGACGAAGCAUUCCGAACCAGAGUGCGAGGUUCAUCCAACCGGAGAGAUGUGGGAAGAACCAUCAGACCCAGAACCAGGCUGUUCUAAACCGAAUAAAAACAUCAUGAAUCAACAGUCUUUCAUCAAUCGAAUACAAAAAGAAUUGCCUCGCGAUCCACAAGACCUACUUWUYCAAGAGCAAUGCGAAACCGUAGCCCUCUGGAAAGACCUCACUUCGAAUCUGCCAUCAAAGAACACGAACGAGGAUGUACCGCAAAGAAAAUGGGAAAUGCAUGCAAAAUCAGCACCGACCGUGGAAAGGAAAUACAACGGUUCGAAAGACGUUGGAAUUGGAGAGGAAGAGAGUAUUUCCAGCUCCAUCCUCUACCUCCGGGAAGCGGAAUAUGAAUGUCAUUCUACAACUGGGUUGGAGGAUGCAGAGGACGUAUUUUCUGAAUCCCUGUUUGAGACGACACUCAGCAUCGAUUGCGACUCGUCUUUUUGUCUAGAUCUAGAAGGAACCAAUAGUGAAAUUCAAAUGGCUGUAAAUGAAAUUCGAAAAGAAGCAGCCAAAAUGGAUACAAUGAUGCUCUUGGAUCAGCUCAAAACAUUGCAAACUGAGUUCGAUUCGGUGACAAAAAAAUGUUCGGUUACGUGUCUAGAGAACGAAGACUUGAGGGCCCAGGUCCAGAAAUCAAAAGAUAGAAUAGCGCACAUGGAGCUCGAGCGCGAUUUAUACCAAGCUGAUGCGAAGAGGCUCCGAGAGGACCUCAACACGCUUGUAACAAAAAUGUUCGAUAUCUCGGCGUACGAGUCUUCGGAAUUGGCUACAAACACCAAUCCAUCUGAAACCCCAAAAAGUAGUGACUCUGAUCGUGUCAUUCAAAGUUUCAAAGACAAACCUCCGAACAAAAUCCUAUUCCCAGGAAUCACGGGUGUAAGACCUGCUCUGAAUUCAGUUACAAUGAUGGCAGCCCCCCCCGAGAACAUGCGCAUUAUAGGACUCGUGAGCCAACCGCGAAACACUAUUCGACGAUCAUUACGGAGCAGUGAUCCAGUCUUGAUCGGUAGACACCCUUGUAGCAAGGUAGCAGACUUCUCUCAAGCAAAUGACAUCUAUAUAGUGCCAUCGUCCCCCGAAAACCUUCRCAAUCAAAACGUGUUUCGUAUCAGAAAUGACCAAAGAGCUGUUCGUCCAAGAACAAAAUCUGUGUCGAUURAGCGAAGUAAAGACACGAGGCUCCCUUCUGAUAGGAGAAAGAGAGACAUCAAAGGUGUUAUCCUAAGCCGUCACCAAUCUCUGUCUGUCAUUGAUACAAAAUCAACGAAUUUCACCACUGAGAUGAAGCUCGAGGAAGAAGAAAAAGAGAAACGACGGUGUGGGAUUUUAUUUCGACGACGUAGCAAACGCCAGUCUUUUUCCCAGGAAGAUGUCUCCCUUAUGAAGCAUCAGGUUCAACAGCUACACGAGAUGAUGAAAUCUUCUUUAGGAGCAUCUGAAAAGUUAAGAAAGAGAAUAGCGACGAUCAGUCGUUAUUACGAAGGAGUGAUCAGCAAGCUGCAGGUAAAAGUUUCCGAGGUCAAGUCGGAAAAAUCGAGAGCAGAAGUGUAUCUAACGAACAAGAUUUCCCAACUCGAUCUUGAACAAAGGCUUGCACAAUCAAAAUUCGAUUACGAGCUUCAACAAAAAGAUAAAGAGAUUACGAAGUUGAAGGCGGCAAGGGAUCAAGGCGAGGUUUGAUUAUUGGUUCGAUAGAAUUUAGUAGGAAAUUUAGUCA